UGAUGAAACGACUGAGCUCGUUUCUCGACCCCAUCGGCAGCACCGCUCGACGUUUGAGGCACUAAAAAACAAGCAGAAGAUACGAUCCAAGAUUCAGCUUGUUUUGAGGCUUCCACCUCUCUGUCACUCCCUACAUCAUCACUGAUUGAAGAAAUCAGGUAGUUUUCCAAAGAUUACGUCCACAAUGGAGGCAGUUCAUUCACCAAGCAAGGCCUCACAGCAGGUUCUUGCUAAGGAGGACAACCCAAGAUGGAAUCAUAAAGGAAGGACCAAAAGACACUGCUGUGAUGAUUGCAAGAAAGUCUUCACCACUUCAGCAAACCUGAAGAUCCAUAAGAGAACUCACACUGGUGAUAAACCAUACAGCUGUUAUCAGUGUGGAGCAGUUUUUGCCCGGAAAGAUAACCUAAAGAGUCACCAGCUUAUUCACUCUGGAGAAAAGCCUUACAGCUGUGAUCAGUGUGGAGCGGCUUUUGCCCGACAAAGUCAUCUAAAGAGUCACCAACGUAUUCACUCUGGAGAAAAGCCUUACAGUUGUGAUCAGUGUGGAGCGGCUUUUGCCUGGAAAAGUACUCUAAAGCGACACCAGCUUAUUCACCCUGGAGACAAGCCUUACAGCUGUGAUCAGUGUGGAGCGGCUUUUGCCCGACAAAGUCACCUAAAGAGUCACCAACGUAUUCACACUGGAGACAAGCCUUACAGAUGUGAGCAGUGUGGAGCGGCUUUUGCCCAACAAAGUAACCUAGAGCGACACCAGCUUAUUCACCCUGGAGAAAAGCCUUACAGCUGUGAUCAGUGUGGAGCGGCUUUUGCCCGGAAAGGUGACAUAAAGCAACACCAGCUUAUUCACUCUGGAGAAAAGCCUCACAGAUGUGAUCAGUGUGGAGUGGCUUUUGCCCGGAAAGGUGACCUAAAGCAACACCAGCUUAUUCACUCUGGAGAAAAGCCUUACAGAUGUGAUCAGUGUGGAGUGGCUUUUGCCCACCAAAGUUCUCUAACGAGUCACCACCGUAUUCACACUGGAGAAAAGCCUUACAGAUGUGAGCAGUGUGGAGUACGUUUUGCCCAGCAAAGUUCUCUAACGAGUCACCAACGUAUUCACACUGGAGAAAAGCCUUACAGAUGUGAGCAGUGUGGAGCGGCUUUUGCCCAACAAAGUAACCUAAAGCAACACCAGCUUAUUCACACUGGAGACAAGGCUUACAGAUGUGAGCAGUGUGGAGCAGGUUUUGCCCGACAAGGUCCCCUAAAGCAACACCAGCUUAUUCACUCUGGAUUCAAGCCUUACAGAUGUGAGCAGUGUGGAGCGGCUUUUGCCCAACAAAGUUCUCUAAAGAGUCCCCAACGUAUUCACACUUGAGACAAGCCUUACAGAUGUAAGCAGUGUGGAGCAGGUUUUGCCACAUCAAGUCAUCUAAG